UUAUUAUUUUCUGUCUCCACCCCAUGUGCCUUAACUUUCUUCCGUCCUUUUUGAAACAAAACCCAAAAGCAAAUAAACAGUCAAAAACCAGUUACAAAGCAAUGAGAAAUUGAGUCAUAAAACAAGCAAAACCCAUCUGAAAACAAAACCAUCUCCCUCUCUAAUCCAAGCAACUCUUUCUUAACCCUCAAAAUUCUCCAACUUCAAACUUUACAUUCAUUUCAUCAAUGGACGAAUUAGAGCAAUCUCCAAAGGAAUAUUACCAAAACCAGCAAAACAACACAUCAAGACUCUCAUCAAUGUCAUCCUCCUCAACAACAAGCGUCCAUGUCACCGCCUUAGACGGACUAGUCAACGUCAACUCCCUCUUCACCAUCGCCGUUUUCGUCGGCCUUUCCCUAACAACCCCCGGCCAACGCAGUCUCGAGAAUCGAACCUCUUGCGACGCCGGCAUCGACGUCGCAAAGAAGCUUCUAGUCUUCGAGGUUGUGUCGUUCAGUUUCUUCCUCUCUUCUUCUCUAGUAGCUCAGGGUCUUAAGCUGGCACUCAAUCUUUUGAAUAGUAAGGAUGUGGAUGAGGCUUUUAGGGCACAUAUUAAUCUUAAGGUGCUGAGAUGGGGUAUGUUGGGGUCUGCGUUGGGAUCUGUUAUGGGGUGUUUGUUUCUGAUGCUUUCGAUGGUGAAUGUUAUUGAGAUUCGGUUGGGGAUGUUGUCUUGUGGUAGUAAAUCUGCUGCUCAUGCUGUUGCUGUUAUGGUUGUUUUGGUUUCUUCUGCUCUUGUUAUGUAUAUUUCCACUGCUAUUUAUGCUUUCACUCAUUAAAUUUGAAAUUCAGCUUUUGUUUCUGGUA